AGGAGGAUGUGUCCUGCGUGGCUAUUGGUGGCCGCGGCGCUGGUGGGCGUGGCCAGAGGAGCCGCCGGUCAAUGCUGGGAGCAUCCCAGCUGCCAGGAGGUCACGACUGAGAGCGGCAUGAUGGACUGCAUCCAGCUCUGCCGCUCCCUGACCAAUGAGAGCCCUCUGCUGCCGGGCGAGGCCCACCUGCAGCCCCCCCCUCCUCCGUCAGACCUGCUGUCCCUCCUGCCGUUCUCCUCCUCCUCCUCCCCCUCUCCUCAGGCCAAGCGCUCCUACUCCAUGGAGCACUUCCGCUGGGGGAAGCCGGUCGGCCGCAAACGCCGCCCUAUCAAGAUCUACACCGGCAACGGCCUGGAGGAGGCGUCGGCCGAGCUCUUCCCCGGGGAGAUGAGGAGGCGCGAGCUGGCGGAGGAGGCGGCGGCGGCGGAGGACGAGGAGAAGGAGCUGCCGGCCGACUUCCAGGAGAAGAAGGACGGCACGUACAAGAUGAAGCACUUCCGCUGGAGCGGGCCGCCGGCCAGCAAGCGCUACGGCGGCUUCAUGAAGAGCUGGGACGAGCGCGGCCAGAGGCCGCUGCUCACGCUCUUCAAGAACGUGAUCAACAAAGACGGACAGGAGGAGAAGCGGGAAGAGUGAGUGACAGAGAGGGGGAAGAAAGACAUA